AAAGCAAGCAUUAAAGCUAACUCCUUUUCCGUUUGCGGUAGGUGGCAAACAAUAGACAUUAACCAGAAAGCUUAAAACAGAGAAAGCGCAUGAAGAAGAGAAGAACCAAAAGCAAGAAUUCUUAGAGAGAGAGAGAGUUUUAGAGAGAUGGACAACUUGCUCUGCGACGAGCUUCUCCAAGAAAUCUUCCAGAAACUUCCGCCAUGUUCGUCCUCCUCGGUUUCUCUGGUCUCCAAGCGCUGGCUCCAACUCUACCGGACUUCCAGAACUUCUCUCUCUCUCCGCCUCUCUCUCCCCAACCCCACAACUCUCCAAUCUCUCUCCUCCCUCCUCUCUCACUACCCUUUCCUCCUCUCUCUCUCUCUCCUCCUCCCCUCCGAAACCCCCGCCACCACCGCCACAACCACCGCUUUCUCCGAUCACCUCCUUCUCUUAAUCUCUUCCCUCUGUCCCCACCUUCACGGCCUCAGGUUCUUGGCCUGCCCCGUCUCUCUCUCCUCCUUACUUUCUCUCUCUAAAACCUGCACCCACCUCACCUCUCUCUCUAUCAACCUCUCCCGCCCUCUCUUCCUCUCAUGGCUUCCCAAUUUCCCUUCUUUGAAAGAAUUGUCCAUCUGGGUACACCCCGAAAUCGAAGUCAACAACGCCGAAGAAUACGGGUAUUCCGAAAAUGAAGAAUUUAACUCAGAAUUGAGUUUAGAAACUCUUUCUCUGUCCGGAAUUCGUAUGGGUGACUGGGGCUUGGGUUGGCUAUGGAGGAGCUGCAACAACCUGAGGAAGUUACAGUUAAGGAACUGCCAGGGCUUAGGCGAUGGAGGGUCAUUUUCGUCAUUUGUUAGGUGUUUGAAGGGAAUCCAAGAAGUGGAGCUCAGAACUUGUAGGACUAUAGUUGAUGGGGUUCUCCUAAAACUUGCUGAGAAUUGCAAUUCUCUUUUGUCUUUAUUGGUCUAUGAUGGUGGUAGUAAAGAGGGUCUUCUUAGAUUCUUUAGCCAAUGCCGUUUUAAGCUCCAAAGGCUUGAUCUUCGCUUGCCUUUAGACCUCAACAAUGACCAUCUUUUUGCUGCUUCAAUCAGCUUCAAAACUCUCUCUAGUCUGAGGCUCCAAAGUUGCUGCCUUGUAAGUGGUGAAGGCCUAAAGGCCGUUGGGAGUGCAAUGAGUUCCGGGCUUGAAGAAUUGGCGCUAAUAAACUGCGAUGUGGUCGAAAGAGAAUCCGGGUUGUUGGCCACUUUGGGACAGAAUUUGAAGCAGUUGAGGAAACUGGACUUGUCUUAUAAUGAAAUGUUGGUGGAUAAAGAGUUCAUUUCCAUGUUGGUUUCUUGUCAUGAAUUGGUUGAUUUGAAGCUUAGAGGGUGCAAAGGGCUCACUAGUUCUGCCAUGGUUACUAUGUCUAGGAGCUGCAAAAGGUUGGAGGAUGUUGAUUUAAUGUAUUGUUGUGGGAUUGAGUCUGAGGCGGUUGAGUUGUUUGUUAUGAAUUCUCCUAAGUUGAGGAGGGUUCAGGUGGAGGAAAGCAAACUCUCGGAUGCUGCUAAGACUUGGGCAUCGGUUAAGUUCAUUGAAGUUUACUGAUUUGCGGAUAAUUUAUUUGCGGGAAAUGGAUAAGUUAUGUGAAUAAAAUGUUUCAAAUGAGACAGGUGCAUUUACACGUCCGUGUUGUACUAAUAUGUCCAUUGCGAUGUCACGGACGAAUCCCAAGUGAAAACCGCCGUGGACAAAGCCAUCAAGGCCUACGGAAAGCUAGACAUAUGUUCACAAUGCCGGCAUAAUUGAUGAGUACAAGCCCUGUAUAAUCGACAACAAGAAGGCUGAU